GACAGAUUGCUUCCCGGCCAAUGAGAGGCAGCAUCCUAACUAGGCCAAGCCUGGAUCUGUCCAGGAACAUUGCCUUGGAGCAAUGAGUGGUGAGUGGGUGGCAGAAGUCGGGACCUCCCUUAGGUGUUUAUAAGCAUAAGCAGGACAGAGGAGGCCUUGAGACUCCAGGUGAGGCUGGAGGAAUACCGAAUCUGCACUGUUCUAGAAGCUGGGUUCCCAUGGCCUCUGCUCUCACCUGCUGACGUCCCCCCAGGCCCCGGGAUCCACGCUGGAACACAAUCCUAGAGAUACAGCUCCUCAAGGAGCUGACCCACCUGUUUCUUUGCUGGCCUAAAGAAGAGUUGUUCCGUACCAGAGGGAGAGAGUGUUCCACUCUGGAGCCUAUGUCUACAGGAUUCCCAGUCUGCUCUACCUGCCUCAGCAGAAGACCCUGUUGGCCUUUGCAGAAGAGCGGACAAGCAAGAAGGAUGAGCAUGCAAAGUUAAUUGUCCUGCGCAGGGGAAGCUACGACGCGUCCACUCACCAGGUCUGGGUAAGGCAGGAUGUGGCUGCAAUUGCUCUGCCAGGAAUGUGGAGACCAACCCGUCCUUAGAUGGCUGAGGUCUGGUGAACAAAGGGACCCAGGGAACCAUCAGGAAUGGGGCAGAGAAGGUAUCCCCAAGUGAUCUCCCGGAUAUCACACGAGUUCACCCUGAACAAGUCCGGUUGGCUUGGCUGCAUCUACUUUAUUACAAGUCAGUUGGGGAAACCGACUUUGGAAAGGUUUCCUACAUCUUUGAGAAACUGAGGGAGAACUAGUUCAGCAUCACAUAAUUGGGAGGAAGUUGAUCCUUUGAGUGAAAUUAACCUGGGGUGGGCGGUUGGGGCAAUUGCUUGCAUCCUGAAGUUCUAGCAUGUAGAUCAAGUAAUUCUGAUGAAGACACCCAAGGCUGGCUAUCACAUGUAAGGAUUUAAUGUUAUUAUUAUCUUUACUUUGUGGUCAUUAUUUCCUUGUAGUUGUUUAGAGCAUGGGUUUGAAGCAGAUGGACCUAGAUUCAAGUCCUGGUUCCACCGCUUACCAGAAGUAUGGCCUUGGGCAGCUCAUCUACCUUAUCUAAGCCUCUCACUCUACAGAUGUAAGAUGGAGAUGUGGCACACGCAGGAGGCAGUGGCCCAAGCCCAGCUGGAGGGCCACCGGUCCAUGAAUCCGAGCCCCCUUUAUGACGAGAAGACGGGGACCAUUUUCCUCUUCUUCAUUGCCAUCCCUGAUCAGGUGUCAGAGCACCACCAGCUCCACACCAGGGUCAACGUGACGCGGCUGUGCCAGGUCACCAGCACUGACUACGGGAGGUCCUGGAGCCCUGUCAGAGACCUCACGGAGUCCGUCAUCGGCCCGGCCCACAAGGACUGGGCCACUUUCGCGGUGGGCCCGGGGCACUGUUUGCAGCUGCACAACCAGACGCAGAGCCUGGUGGUGCCGGCCUACGCCUACCGCAACCCCACAUCCCCGCAGGUGCCUUCCCCCUCUGCCUUCUGCUUGCUCAGCCACGACCAUGGGCGCACGUGGGUGAGAGGGAACUUCGUGGCCCGGGACACCCUGGAGUGCCAGGUGGCCGAAGUCGGGGACGUGAAGCAGAGGAUGGUGUAUCUGAACGCGAGAAGCUCCCUCCGAGCCAGGGUCCAGGCCCAGAGCACCAGUGACGGGCUCGAUUUCGGGGAGACCCAGACAGUGCGGAAGCUGGUGGAGCCUCCCCAUGGCUGCCAAGGGAGCAUCAUCAGUUUCCCCAGCCCUCACGCUGGGUCAGAACCCCCAGACCGAUGGCUGCUCUACACUCACCCAACUGACCCACGGAGGCGAUCCAACCUAGGCGUGUACCUCAACCGGCGGCCCCCCUCACCCUUGGCCUGGUCAGAGCCCACCAUGCUGGCUCCGGGCAGCUGUGCUUACUCAGACCUCCAGAGCAUGGGCGCCGGCCCCGACGGGUCGCCCCAGUUUGGGUGUCUGUACGAAUCGAAUGAUUACAAGGAGAUCAUCUUUGUCAUGUUCACCCUGAAACAGGCCUUCCCAGCUGAGUUUCUGCCACUCUGAGAGGUGAGCCUGCGGGGUGCUGCCCAAGAGGGCUCCCCCCACUGAGAGGCUGGCGGUUUCCUUCCUCCCGGUGCCCUCUGGACCUGGGAGGCCACUCUUGGUUCCCUUCAUUGAAAGUGCGCAUGUGCGCAUGUGCCCCUGGGCUCCCUUCCUCCUGUGCUGUCUCAGCCUUCCCAGAGGAUUCUAUUUGCAGCCCAGAAGCUGAAGGAACCUGGCUUCCCGGAGCCCCUUGGUUCAGCCUGCCUGCUCCCCACCCAGCCCAGGUUUUCUGCAUGUCUUGAUAAAUUAUCUAGUCCAGCCCAUUUCUUCUCAGCAAACGCUCAUCAUGUUUCUGGGCAAAGGCUGAGACAAAGAUGUAAAUUAGCAAAGAUGUGUGUGUAUGUUUGCAUGUCUGCCUAUCUGUCCACGUCUCUGUGUGUGUCCUCAAUGCCUUAGAGCUGGGAGCAUGGGGAACAGCUCUACAGGGAGGCAAGGCAGAGUCUAGGAAAAUUAAGCUGGUUUAUGUCAUCGUGUUACUUUCCCAGGGCUGCUGUCACAAAGGACCACCAACUUCGUUGCUUAAAACAACAGAAAUUUAUUCUCUCACAGUUCUGGAGGCUAAAAGUCCAAAAUCAAGGUGUCCAAAGGGCUGUGCUCCCUCCCAAGACUCCACGGGAGAGUCCUUCCUGGCCUCGUCCAGCUUCUGGCCCUUGGCUCGUGGCCGCAUCACCUUCCUGUUUGCCUCCAUCUUUAUGUAGCUUCCUCCUCCUUCCUCUCUGCUUUCUCUUCUACAUCUUUUGAGGACACUUGUCAUUGGAUUUCGGGCUCAUCUGGAUAGUCCAAGAUGAUCCUUCACUUAGUUACAUCUGCAAAGACUCUUUUCCAAAUAAGGUCCCAUUCACAGGCUCUGGGGUUAGGACAGGGAUAUGUCUUUGGGGGCCACCACUCCACCCACAACAGCCAUCUUAAGUUAUUCUUCCAUAGGCAAUGUGACUAAAGGUAGGAAUGAAAUUCCAAUGAAUCAGAUAAUUCAGAAGAAUGAAGAGGGCAGGAGGGGGUGGGCUGUGGAUGUACAUCUGUGGCAUGGAGGUGCUCUAGGGCCCUCAGUCUUUGGGGUGACAUACCUGUGACAUACCCCCUCCCCUCUUAGCCUCAUGUGGAGGCUAAGAGGGGAGGGGGUGCUGUGCUGUGUAAAAAGAGCAGGAGAAGUCUACUCCCUGUCAUCCUGAGGUGAGAAAUCGAGAGGACCCCUCCUGAGUGGAGGAGGCUGACUCUUGUCUGACGUCCGGGGUCUUCAGGGACCUUGGUCACUUGUGCCUGUGGAAGAGUGGACCUGCUCCCUAUCCCCAUCAGAGCCCCUCUAAUCGGCUCUUUUAUUGAUGACACCAGUCUAAUGGUUUGAUGAUGGGGAUCAAUGGCCAGUGGCCGUGGGUUCCUGCGGCUUAGCUGCGGCUCUGUGUGGCCAGGCAGUGGUUAGAUGGAGUGUUCACAGCGUGGGGAGCUGGAGAUGUGGCUUUAGUUCUGGGUGCAGCUCCUGCACUGGCUGCCCUGGUGCUGCUUCUCUGUGUGGGAUUUUCUGGCUUCUAGCUGGAAGGAUGAGGAAUUAGGGCCUGGUCAUUGCUGAGAUGGAAAGUUAGGCCCCUCUGUUUGGGCGAUGCCCACCUGGUGGCUUCCAAACCCCACAGGGUAGCUGUAAGUGGUGGUUGGGGGGCGCUGAGGCCAAAUCAGGAGGAUGAGGAUGAGGGCUUGCAAGCUGGGGGCAGGGUACCUUCAAGAAGUUUAAAGGUGGGGGAGGACAGCCCUGUAAUGCAUUAUCCCAAUUGGGACAAUCUUGAGAGUGAAAGGAUGAUGCUAUCAAUAGUUAUAGCAAGACAAUGGGCAUUAACCAGGACUGUACCAGGCACCCCAGAGAUUUAAGACGGAAAGACCCACUAAAAAUUGUGCCUGAGGCUGACCUCUGCUUAUCAUCCUGGAAGAGUCAGUUAUCUGUUGAGGUCUUGAGAUGAGGCAGGAAUAAGAUAAGGCAUCUGGCCACUGCCAAGCAAAACAUCACUCUCUUAAACUCUCUUCUUUCACAGAGGUCAGUGGGAAUCAAAUCUAGCUGCUUAUUAGAAUUCCCUGGGGAGAUUUUAAACUGUGCUGGUGCCCAGACAUCGGUAUUUUUUCAAAAUAUCCUUGUUAUUUUAGUGAACAAAAAGAUCAAGAACCACUAGCACAAAUAAUCUCUAACAUUCCUUCCAGUUCUAAAUGUAUACAAAUGCCAAAGUCUCCUGAUUUGAAUGAAAAAAAAAAAAAAGCAACAGUUAAUCAAAGCUGAGCUGACCUACUCAUCAGAAGACACUAUCAAGAGAGUGGAAAAAAAGGCUAUAAACAGGGAGAAGAUAUUUCUAAUAUGUGUAUCUGACAAGGGACUUGUAUCCAGAAUAUAUAAAGAGCUCCUACAAAUCAAUAAGAAAAAGACAAACAAGCCAGUAAAAAUGGGGAAAAAUCUUGAACAGUCACUUCACAAAAGAGACGUCCUCAUGGCUGCCAAACACAUGCUCAUCAGGGAAUGCAAUUUAAAACCAGGAGACACUUAUCACUAGAACGACUAAAAUUACAAGGGUUGACAACAGCAAGGAUUGUCAAGGAUGUGAAGCAACCAGAACACGCAUACAUCUCUGGAGGAAGCGUAACUGGUACAACCACUUUGGAGAGCUGUUGGUAAUAUCUAAUAAAACUGAACGUGAACUACUCCAUGACUCAACAAUUCCACUCUGAAGUAUAUUUCCAAGAGAAAUGAGUACAUACAGCUGCCAAAGACUUAUAUACGAAUGUAUUUAGUGACUUCAUUCAUGAAAGUACCAAACUGAAAACAACCCAAAUGUCAAUCAAAUGUAGAAUGGAUAGCUAAAUUGGGGAAUAUUAUACAACAAUAAAGCAAUGACCUGCUGGACUUACUAGGUGGCGCAGUGGUUAAGAGUCUGCCUGCCAAUGCAGGGGACACGGAUUUGAUUCCUGCUCCAGGAGGAUCCCACAUGCUGCGGAGAGACUGAGCCCAUGUGCCACAGCUGUUGAGCCUGCACUCUAGAGGCCGUGCACCGCAACUAUUGAGCCCGUGCACCGCAACUACUAAGGCCUAUGCACCUGGAGCCCGUGCUCCACAGUGGGAGAGGCCACCACAAUGAGGAGCCCGCGUACCACAGUGAAGAGUGGCCCACGCUUGCCGCAGCUAGAGAAAGCUCGUGUGCAGCAACAAAGAUCCAACGCAGCCAAUAAAUAAAUAAAAAAGAAUGAACUGCUGCACACAAUAGCAUGGAUGAUUUUCAGACAUUAUGUUGGGUGAAAGAAGACAGACUUAAAAAAGGGUACACACUUUAUGAUUUUAUUUGUAGGAAAUUCAGGAAUAGGCAAAAAUAAUCUAUGUUGUAUAAAUCAGGAGUGGCCAGCUCUGGUGGAGGAGAGCUGCUUACUAAGAAGGGGCUAGAAGGAGACUUCUGGGUGCUGGGGACAUUCUCGUGUUUGAUCUGGUGCUGGUUGGGUCGGUGAAUCCAUAUGUUAAAAACUCAAGGAUCUGUGUACCUUACUCUAUGUAUGUUAUAUACCUCAAUAAAAAAAAAAUUCAACUGAAUAGUAGAUUUACUAGUUAAACCUCCAAAUCAAUAUAUUGUAUUCAGCUGUAAAACUUCAGAACUGUAUAUUUUUAAU